UCUCCAUCCCCGGCCUGGAAACCACUCGGGCCAUCGGCUCUUCUUUUUUUUUUUCUCUCUCUCGGUUCCCUAGCGGUGUCGCUGUUCCCUCUCCAGCGCCGCUGGUUCUCUCGGCGAGGCAGUCUGCCCACAAGCCCUCGCCGUGUCGAGUGCCCGCUGACUCUCCGCUCCAGCUCCGGAAAAUCCUCUCCACGCUCCAGAAUCCGGGCGCCAAGAUCCAAGUUCCCGGCUCCGGGCGCCGUGCCCCGGGAUCCGCCCCGCUCCAGGCUCCGGACUCCGCUGUCUCAGCUUCGGGGUCCGGAGUCCCUGGCUUUCCCUCCGGCUGGGGCUCCGGCUGGGCCCGGUCUCCUGGGUCCUCGGAGAUGGGGGUCCGCCCCGCGGGGGGCGGGAGGCGCUGCCAGGCCCUGUUCCUGCUGCUGGCUCUCAGCUGGGCUUCCUUCCCAGGCCUUCUGAAGGCUUUCAAGGUCAGCUCCCUGUACUCGCUCUACGUCUGUCCAGAAGGGCAGAACGUCACCCUGACCUGCAGGAUCUCUGGACCCUUCUCCGACUGGCACGACCAGGUCUACAAGAAGUGGUCCUGGAGUCCUCGUGAGGACCAGAACUGCUCGGGGAGGCGGCCCAUCCGCAAUCUCACAGAGCACGACCUGCACUCCCACCGGGGGGCUGGCCACCACCGGGCCAAUGGCAGCCUGGGGCCCAGCCCCCACAAGGAACGCGCCCAGCGCCAUGGAGUGGAGAUGAACUCGGACCACCAUGGGACUUUCUGGAUCACCUUGAUGAACCUGACCCAGCAAGAUGGUGGCAUUUACUGCUGCUUUGUGGCAGAUAUUAAUCACCAUCAUGUGAAGCAGCGGUCCCACGGCCUCAUGGAGCUGCAGGUGCAGAAAGGCCAAAUGACACAGUCCAAGUGCACGCUGCACCUGCCCCCCAAUGCUGAUGGUGAAAAUAUCACAGCUGCAGCGCUGGCCACCGGGGCCUGUAUCGUGGGAAUCCUCUGCCUGCCCCUUAUCCUGCUCCUUGUCUACAAGCAGCGGCAGGCUAUUUCCAACAGGCGUGCUCAUGAACUGGUGAGAAUGGAGAGCAAUACCCAGGGCAUCGAGAACCCCGUCUUUGAUGCUGGGCCCCCCGUCCCCCCUGAGUCCAGACCCACGCCCUUGGUGAACAGCCUGGUCCGGCGACAGCAGUCCGAGUCAGGGCGGCACCUCCUCUCAGAACCUAACACUCCGCUCUCACCCCUGGGCCCAGGCGAUGUCUUCUUCCCAUCCCUAGAGCCCGUCCCCGAUUCCCCAAAUUCUGUGACUGCAUAGCCUGCCUGCGUGGGGGAUGAAAUGCUUCUGGAAGACCUGGCUGUGGAGGAGUCUCGGACCAGGAAGGCUUUCGUGAAUGGAAGCCUCAGACUCUUCAUGGCUUGCUUCAUGAAUGCAAGCCUCUGACUCUUCAUGGCUUGCUUGGGGCUUUUUCCCUCCACAGGGCUCAGAAGUUGGGAAAUCUCUCUCUCCUGAAUUUUCAACUCCUUGCCCUCUGGCCAGAGACUGUGACUUGUAAUAGAGGAACAGGGUUUGGCCUGGACACUGGGUCCUCACUGCUCUCUCAGUACACAUGUCCCCAGGCCUCUGCUCUACUUCCACCAUCUCCCUCUCCUGGCUUGGUCCACAGAUUGUGUGCUUCGGGGAGGACCGAUGCGGAGCCCUAGCGGGAAUGGGGUACUCUCCUUUUCCACUUUGGGGGUCCUGGAUCUGUGUGAGGGUAGAGGGGUAUGUUCAGGGCCCUGGGCCAGGGCCUCUUCCAGGGUUCAGAAGAGGGAACGGGUGUCUCUCUCACAGAGGAAACACACCAGUCUGUGAGCACUUGUCUCAGGACACUACCCCAACUUCAGAUCAAGGAUGGCUGCCCGUAGGUCUCCAACACCCUGGUUUCCCACAGGCCCUCUGCUGAUGGCCUGUGUGUUGUGGGAAGCCAGGAGUCUGUGGCCAAACUACAGAGCCUGUACUUCCCUAUGCUGCCCCUGUUUUUCCCCUUGCUUCCUUUCACAGGGUUCCUCCUGCCUCAACUCCCUCUGCUAUGCUCUCUCCCCAGCUCCCCCCAUUUUUCCCUCUCUCCCCACUUUCUGGAACAUUGUUUCUGGGAGGUCUGGGUUGAAAUGGCAAUCCUGAUCUGAAUUCUGGAAUAAUGAUGGUGUCACUCAGUCUGCCCUGGGCCUGCCUCCUGCAGGACUGAGGAAAGGGAGGCCCCACCACAGUCACCACUGGAAACCACCCAGGACCCAGCCAAGGCCGAGCAUAUCUGCCUGGGGCAGUGGAAAUGACUCCUUGCUCUGAUGGGUUGAAAGAAGCACCAGCCUGAUUCCUCUCCUUCUGUGCUGCCAGCCUUGGAAGUGACCAGCAACUAAUGAACCUUGAAGCCAAGGGAGAUGCCUCUGGACCCCAUGAUGUUGUCAAUCCAACAGGAAAGACUUGGCCAAUUUCCCAAUAAAACCAGAAGCACAUGGCAGGA